GCGCGCGGCGAGGGGCGGCGCGGCUGGCGCCCGAGUCGGGGGCGCUUGGCGUGACGCGGGGAGGCGUGGAAGGUGGCGUGGGGGCCGAGGCGGGACCACGUUCCCUGGGCCAGACCCUUGGCGUGAGCUCCUGUUUGACCCUCGCGGGAGCCCCGAACCCGGGCAGGGACAGGCCAGAAGGGCAGCGAGUGUCGCCGCCGGGUCGGAGCCGGGGCGUCUGGCGAGGAAACCGAGGCUCUGAAGGCCCUGGAGGGGAAAGCCAGAGAUGGACCUCAUGCGACUCGCCCUGCUCUUCUCUCGGCCCCGCCCGGUGGGACCGUCCUUCCUGCAACGUCUUGACCCUCUCAGAGCCAGGUGGGCAGGAGGCAGGGAGGGGCCUGCGUGGCUGAGGGCCAUGGGGCUGCCUCGGCCAGCGCCAGCAGCCUUCUGCAGCUCCCUCUCUCAGCUGCCCCUCGGCCAGGGGAGCCAGAAGAAGACGGGCAGCCUCAGCUCAGACCCCAGCCAGCCCAGCCCUACGGCCACCCAGGAGGAAGAGGAGGAGGAAAGCUUUGGGACCCUCUCCGACAAAUACUCCUCCCGGAGAAUGUUCCGCAAAUCGACAGCCCAGUUGUACAACCUGCGGCUCAGGGAACAGAGUGUUGAAGAAGACGAGGAAAGGGAGCCGGAGCCAAAACCAUGGCGGGGCCGGAGAAACACUCCUUACUGGUACUUCUUUCAGUGCAAACGCCUGAUCAAGGAAGGAAAGCUGGCUGAGGCCCUGGACCUAUUUGAGAGACAGAUGCUGAAGGAAGAGCGACUCCAGCCCCUUGAGUGCAACUACACAGUGCUGAUCGGGGGCUGCGGGCGGGCUGGCUACCUGAAGAAGGCCUUCAAGCUCUACAAUGACAUGAAAAAGCGGGACCUGGAGCCCUCAGAUGCCACCUACACAGCCCUGUUCAAUGUCUGCGCUGAGUCCCCCUGGAAGGACUCCGCCCUGCAGAGCGCCCUGAAGCUACGGCAGCAGCUCCAGGCCAGAAACUUCCAGCUCAACUUGAAAACCUACCACGCCCUGCUGAAGAUGGCUGCCAUGUGCGCUGACCUCAGGAUGUGCCUCGAUGUGUUCAAGGAAAUUGUUCACAAAGGGCAUGUGGUCACAGAGGAGACCUUCAGUUUCCUGCUCAUGGGCUGCAUCCAGGACAAGAAGACAGGCUUCCGGUCCGCCCUGCAGGUGUGGAGGCAGAUGCUGAGUCUGGGGCUCCAGCCGAGCCGGCAUGGCUACAACCUGCUGUUAGGGGCAGCUCGGGACUGCGGCCUGGGGGACCCAGAGGUGGCCUCAGCGCUGCUUCUGAGGCCCAGGGAGGAGAUGGUCCUGCUCCGGGCUCCAGCAAGUGGGCGGCGGGCAAGGAGGAGAGCCCGGGCCAGGACGGGUGACGGCCUGUCAGCCAGGCUGCAUGUGGAGGCCCUGGAGAGGCAGCUGUUUCUGGAACCUUCUCAGGCUCUUGAGGGGCCUCCAGAGCCUCAGGAGGCUAGAGCCCCUGCCAAGGUCCAGACUGAGGUGGAAACCAAGAUGGAGCCUGAUCCCACAGUGGCCCUUGCCUCCGUGACCCCAGAGGCACCUCCUUGGAGGCUGAAGGCCAACCUCCUGACCCUGGGGGCGGUCUCCCCAAAUGUGGUCUCCUUUGGGACUGUGGCCACCCCAGCCGACAGACUGGCCUUGAUGGGGGGCCUGGAGGGCUUCCUGGGCCAGAUGGCGGAGCAUGGGCUCCAGCCCGACAUCAAAACCCUCACGCUGCUGGCUGAGGUGGUGGAGCCCGGGAGCCCCGCGGAGUCCUCGCUGCUGACCAUCCUGGACACGCACCAGGUGGAGGCUGAUGUGACGUUCUUCAACACGCUGAUGAGGAAGAAGAGCAAGCUGGGCGACCUGGAGGGGGCGAAGGCACUACUGCCAGUCCUGGCAAAGAGGGGAAUUGUCCCCAACCUGCAGACGUUCUGUAAUCUGGCCAUUGGGUGCCGCAGGCCCCGGGACGGUCUGCAGCUGCUUGCAGACAUGAAGAAAUCCCAGAUGACCCCCAACACCCACAUCUACAGCACCCUCAUCAACGCCGCCCUCAAGAAGCUGGACUACACCUAUCUCAUCGACAUCCUGAAGGACAUGAGGCGGAACAGCGUGCCGGUGAAUGAAGUGGUCAUCCGCCAGCUGGAGUUCGCCGCCCAGUACCCACCCACCUUUGACCGGUACAAAGGGAAAAACACCUACUUGGAGAAGAUUGAUGGCUUCCGAGCUUAUUAUAAGCAGUGGCUGAAAGUGAUGCCAGCAGAGGAAACCCCCCACCCAUGGCAGAAGUUCCGGACCAAGCCCAAGGGGGACCAAGACACCAUCCCCAAGGCCGACGUGGAUGGAGGCCUUGGGGGCAGGUGAUGGGGAGGUCCCUGGGGACUGCCAGCAGAGAUGGGACAAAGUGCACGGCCUUCACAGUGCUUUGUGGGAGCCCCAGGAGUCCCGUUCAUAUUAAAGAUACGUGAACAUGCUGGUGUGGCCUCAAGCAUGAGGGAAAGGUCUGGCCCAGAAUAAGAGCUGCAGCAUUUUGCAGGCGUGGGUACAAGGACAAACGCUGGGCCCAGGGUGCUGACAAGUUCACAGCAGAUCCAGGAGCAGCUUGAGCCACCUUGCUGUGUCAUUUCAGGCCAUCCUUGCCUGAGAAGUUGUCACCC